UCCGUCUGUUUCUUCGUUCAGUUUCCUCCAUGAAGUCAAAGAAUACAGUGCUAAACAAAUUAUUUCUGCGUACCAAUUGGUGAAUCAUGAUGGGAUACUAGCGCUUUUUGCGUUAAAACGCACACCCCCGUGUGCCUGCACAACUAUAUUAAAAAUGGAGUUUUUUAGCCCACUUUCCCCUUCAGUCGCCCUGACGACAAUAAAAUCUUUUAUUAUAACACCCUUUGAAAAAUAUGAAAAAAUCAAUGGAGUUCCUUCAUCCCAAAAUGAAUAUGGAGUUUGGGGAAAUGGACAGCAGUCUGGGGGCCUUUUGGUCACCAGCUUUUGAGAAUGAUAGUUUCAAUUCUACAUUUGUUUUGAAUGAACGAGGUGAUGGUAAUUUUGGAAUAGCUGAGAAUGCCACUGAGAACCGAAGUAAAUUGGCUGCAGAGAUGCUCAAGGAGUUGGAGAGCUCCCAAGCACAAAAUUAUGAUCCGUGUUGCGGAUGGCUAGAGGAACCAAUGGACUUGGAAGUUUUUGGACAGUCCCUGGUAGAGUCGCCAGCGAUUCCACUAGGUGAUGAAACUGAUUACUUCCCUCUUUCCCCUGGUCCGUCGAGUCCUCUGACCCCACAAGCCCCUACACCCAUCCAUCCGGCUAGCCCACAGGAAUUGUAUCCAUCGCAGAGUGAUUUGUUUUCACUCAAGGAUGAGGUGCCAGUUCUUGCCAUUCCAGCCGAGAAUGAAGAACUGCUCGAGUCGCUGGAAUCAUUGUUGCAUGAAAUUGCGGCGGUAGAAUCGACAUCCGAUCAACCCCAAGUUAUCCAAGAAGAAGAAGACAUAACGUCAGCUCUACUCGAGUCGCUUAUUAAUGGUCAUGUUGCUGAAGAACAGGUCAACGAAGAAUUGGUUGAGUUUAUGGCGCUGAUUAACAAGCCUAAAAAAGAGCUUUGCGCUGUUUCUGCCAGUCCAAUCGUGCCGAUUCCACCUGCUUCGAUUGGCUCGACCAUUCGAAUCUGCAGUUCCGAAAGCAAAGAUCCCGAAUGGAUACCUACACCUAGAACGUCGGGUCGCAAAUCAAACUCAAGCCAACCGAUUGCUACUACGCCUCGCAAACCACGCAAGAAAAGUUUUAGAUCAGAUGACCGCCGUCUCCGCAAGAAGGAACAGAACAAAACAGCAGCUACUCGAUACCGGAUCAAGAAGAAAGUUGAGUUGGAUAUUUUGCUGGAUGAAGAGGCCGCUCUUGAACAACGCAAUCACCAGCUACAAAUGCAACACGACGAAAUGGCCAAUGAAGUUCGUUAUCUAAAGAAAUUGAUGCGCGAGAUUUUUAACAACCGCAAAAGGCGCUGAACUUUGGAUACUCUUUUUCUCUCUCCCUUGUACGCAUUCGCUUCUUAAACCUGUUCAAUUAGAAACAAAUGUAGUCUUCCGUUCUUUAAUUCUCAAAUGUAGCCGAUUAAAUAUUCAGAUUUGCUGCCAUGCCCAUUCCAUCAUCCGUAUUUCAGCUCUUAGCGACGCAAUUAGCCCGUGAAUCUUGGAAACUUUGUUCAACUAUGAUGGCCAACUCAUUCGGUCGGAUACUUCUUCCUUGACUUUGUUGACAAUUUACGUGGGCUCUUUGUUUUGCUGUGAGCUUCAUUCAUAUUCAGAUUAAUGUCAUUAAUUUUAUAUACAGUAAAAUGGUGUCGGUUUCGUUUCUCCCUUCGUCUUUAAUUUCAGUUACAAUCUGAAAUACAUAACUAACUUCAG